ACGAAGGAACAGGGUGUAGGUAUUCAUGGAUCGAUGGGGAUUGCCUCAUCCUUGCAUCCGAAUGAGGAGGUCAUUGCUUUUGGGGGUAUUCCAAAGCCUUCGGCUGGGUUGAGGUCAAGUAAUAGGUUGGGUGGCCAACCUGAUGCGGAUAUGCCUCUAAUGGAGAAGGCCAUGAAGAAUGCGCAGCUUUCUGAAGAUUCUUACUCAGGUUAUUCACAUGGUCUCCCAUUGGGUCCAGCUUUGGGCUCUACUAUCCCCGGAGGGAUUGCGGGAUACCAUGGCUUCUGGAUGCACACGUCUCCUGAUGGUCGCUCAGGAUAUCUUGUGCCAGGCUGGUUGGCGGCAUACUAGAAGACUAUGUUGAGUUGUAGUCGUAGUAUGCUUUUCUUUCGAUGGUUGAUUCUUGUAUCAAUCCUCGAUCAUGUGUGAUUUGUAAACAAUACUUUUGGAUCUUCUAAA